AUGAAUGUGGCUGGUAUUAUGAAGCAAAUCUGGUGGAUUGCCUCCAAGCAAAACCGACUUUGGGUGCAUUGGGUCCAGCAGAGGUACCUCAAGCAGGAAUCACUUUGGACAGUUAAGGUGUUGCAAAAUUGCUCUUGGGUUUGGAGGAAAGUUUUGAAAUAUAGAGAUAAGGCAUUGCCUUUAAUUAAUACCUUCAUUGGCAAUGGCAGAUCUACCAAACUUUGGCUCGACAAGUGGCACCCAGAGGGAGUCCUUUUUAAUAGGUUUGGUAGUAGGAUUUGCUAUGAUGCGGGAUCUUAUGCGCUUGCAGCCCAUCAUGCACUUGUCAAGGAAAUUGUUCGGGAUGGAGACUGGCUGCCUGGCCCUUCAACCUCUUUCGACCUUAUUGAUGUGUGGAGAGCCCUCCCCUCCAUUGAUAAGUUGCAUAGUGACAACCUGGAUUUGGUAGUCUGGACUGGCAAUCCGACAGGUAUCUUUUCAACCAAAUCGGCUUGGAAUGCCACCCGUGUGAAGGCCAACCCCGUGGAUUGGAGUGAAGCAGUUUGGUUUGAAGGCAGCAUUAAGUCCCACUCUUUUGUUUCUUGGAGGUGUCUGGUCAAUGCUCUCCCCACUAGGGAUAAUCUUCUUCACAGGGGGAUCCCGGUUCAACAUAGUUGUGAGUUUUGUUGGGCUGGUAUUGAGAGCAGAAACCAUCUUUUCUUUGCUUGCCCUUUUUCCAUUGAUAUUUGGAGGAGGAUCUUUGGUAUGUGUUCUCUUCAUGGACAGGCUCCCAUGAACAUAUUUGACGCUGCCAUUUGGGUUCGGUAUGCGGCAGGAAGAGCGGGGAGCUUAGGUGUGGUUUUAAAGCUUGCAUUUUGUGCCACUAUCAAGCAUAUUUGGUUUGAAAGAAAUUUCAGAAUUUCUCGCCAAAAGGCUAGAUCUAAGGAUCAGAUUGUGGAAGCUAUCAAGGGGGAUGUUAGGACUGCAGUCACAUCUGGUUCUUUGAGUGGGGAUCCUAGUCCUGCUAAUUCCCACGUUGCUUCGGCCUGGAACUUGCAAGUUCAUUGGACUAUUAGGAUGCCGAGACCAUGCUCGUGGGUCUUACCUCCUAACAAUUUGUGGUCCCUUCACUGUGAUGGUUCGUUGUCCGAUGGUAGAGCUGCUUUUGGAGGAGUGAUUCGUAAUGCGAUUGGACAACUU